UGCGCGCAUCUGGCGUCGAAGUCGCUGUCGCGCGCGCAGAGCGUGGCUCGAGCGCGGUCCCCAGCCAUCCUCUACUAUUUCUGAUGAGCGCCGCCCGAUUGGGAUUUUUCUUUAAAAGAAGUGAGAAACCUGCCCGUCGCUCGUCACCCUCCAUCCCACGAACUUCACACACAUCCUCCGACAUUCAGCGAUUGUUUCACCACAUCCCCAGAUCCCGUCGUCAAUCCGUCACCAUGAGCGACCCUAACGAGUUCCGCGUCCCCGAGUACCUCUUCAAGCGACCGUUUGAGAUGCCCGACCUUCACCACAUCAGCGGCGACGAGAUUCUCGGCCAGCACAGCCUGGGAUCGUACUCUGCUGGACAGAACUUCGAAGGAUACGGCGAAUCUCUCGGUUCGAACAAUCCCUCUACCGUCUCAGACAGCAUUCUUGUGGCCUGGGAAGUUACAGCCACAGUCUUCACGCUAGCUACCUUCCGCAAGCCUAUCGCAUUCCCCUCAUCCUACCGCCUUCAGUAUUCUAUCGACGGAACGCAAUUCAGGCUUUGUAAUGGCGCCGACCGAAUUCCUGUAUUCCACGCCUCCGCAUACUCAUGCAAACGCACCACGUCUUGCAAUUCCUGCCAGUCUUCUCACAGUCUUUGUGAUGACUUGGACGGCUGUACACGCUGUGUUUCUCGUCUCGAAGGGCUCGACUGCUUCCCACAAGCUGUGGAGCGAGACUCAGCGCUGUACAUGCGACCAGAAAAAAUAUUCCCUGCCUUCUACUCCGACACGGUUCGACCACACGACGAAAUUGAAGUAUUCAACGCAUUCAAUGUAUUCAGCACACUCAACGACAUUGAAGGAUUUGAGGCUCUUAGCGACUUCCAAGUCACGCCGGUCAGCGCCACCUUCUCGGAAGCAUACCCAGAGCUUUUCGCAAGCCCCGAGAGACAGAUGAGCUCGCUUACUAGAGAAGACUUCCACCCAUCGCCCGAGAGUACGAUGGCUGCCAUGUUUGUUCUUGCCCGCCAUGUCUUGGGCCACGAACACCCACUCCUUCCCAACCGUUUCAACGUCGAGUCAGACUUCGAGCGGGACGACAGAGCUUCUUGGAGCUUGAUGAACGAGAGCGGCCACUACAAGGUCAAGACCCCGCCACCAAAAAACUCCAUCUUGAAGUUCUCCCCUGGACACGGCUCAGGAAAUACGAUUCAGGUCGAGGUUUUGUCUGGAGACUCGAUGGAAGCUCCACGCUUACCGGACUACAUGGUCGACUUACGCUUUAUCCUCCCGGGACCCCACGCUACUUUCGACACUUCGUGCUACGAAUUACUCUAUUUCCUCCCCAAUUCGUACCGUUGGCACCACGUCGCGUUGUACCUCCAGUACUGGGGCUGGACGAACCCAAACAUCGCUACUUUCACCAAUUGGACCCGCGCCUUGGUCGGUAAGAACGUCAUCAAGCCCAACUCUCUGGGCCAUCACUUCCGCAAAGCCAAGACAGCGCUUGAUGCAUCAACAAACAAUGGCACCAAUCUAGUGACGCUCUUGCCCUCCGCCUGGACCCCUCCGCGCCCCGCCCAGCAGAAGAAGGGCGACCCAGUGCGUGACCCGCUGCUCCGCGACCUGGCCGUUGGUGUUGACAUAUCCAAAUGGCCUACCGGAAGCGACCGACGCCGCCUGACCCUCUGCGUGGAGUACGCGCUGAUGAACCAACACAAGGGCGUCAGACUGAGCGACGCAGUGGACCUCAGCAAGAGACUAGACUUUGGGGCCACGCAUUGCGAGGAACUGCCGCCAAAUGACUUCCAGUUGUGCAGGGAGAGGGUGGAGCCAUUGCUGACGGCGUACACCAAGAACGUCCUCAAGCCCUACACAAAGGCCAAAGGUUUGCCCGUGUACCACUAGGGUGGGUAGUUCCUUCUGUCGGUUGGCGUGGAUGUUGGGUAGGUAGCCUAGUUUAGCCUGUGUGAGUUGGCAUUUUGGGAGAGUAGGUACCUGUACGGAGAGCCCUUGGGCUGGUUAGCUUUAGUAUGUGCUGGACACUGCAUAUUAGGAAUGAGAUCAAUCCUUCGAAUAUUCGG